UUAACGUAAAAUUAUAAACGGGGCUUGCGUCUCCGUCUCGUCGUUUCUCUUGCCGUUGCCGCACUUGCUUUGCUUCUCCUCAGUGUUUUGGAUUUUGGAUUGAUCUACAAUUCAAGCUAUUAAAUCAAGAUGCAGAACGAAGAGGGUCAGAUCACAGAACUAUACGUUCCUAGGAAAUGCUCUGCUACUAACCGGAUGAUCACAUCAAAGGAUCAUGCAUCUGUCCAGCUCAACAUUGGGCAUUUAGAUGCUGAUGGCGUCUACACCGGACAGUUCACUACCUUUGCUCUCUGUGGUUUUGUUCGUGCCCAGGGAGACGCAGACAGUGGCGUGGACAGGCUGUGGCAGAAGAAGAAGGUCGAAGCCAAACAAAUUUAAGAUGCUCUUAUUUAAGCUUUUUUUCUUUGUUAUUUAAUUAAACAAAGAUUAUUGACAAUUCUGAAGUAAUUGAUUCUUGCUCUCUAUGCUUGGUUUUAUUUUCUCUGCUUGUUCUGAAUAUUCAUCUAGUGAGAGAUUGCAGUAUAAGACCUU